AUGGCAGGUGGUGGUGGUCCAUCUUCCGGCACUGUUGAGUCUCCCUUGAGCCAAGCCUACGGAUACGGCAUCGUUAUCCUGAAUAGAUACAACAACGAGCAGCAAAACUCGGAACUGUUUAACACGGCUGGCAGCACAGUCAAGUCUGGUCUAGUCGUCUCUGCUGUUGUUUCUAGUUGGGCCUAG